GGAUUGUUGCGAUUGUGCGCGGGGAGCAUGAGAUGCGAAUGUUGGCCCGGGCGAGUGGAACGCGGGGGGAGUUAACGUUCUGCGGGUCGAACGUUGCAACAUGUCGCUGCCGGGAUUGCAACAACAACAGCAACAACACGGAGCCGCCGGGCAAGAGGCAGCUCCGCUAAACCGGGUGGGCAAACGAUUCCUCUGCGUCCUGUCCAGCUUCACUCAAGCACCGGAGCUCGGGCGAAUAUCCGAAUGGGACUGGAGAGCGGGAAUCAUCAGAGCCAUUUCCCACAAAGAUCCAGCAAACCCGGAUUUAGUUAUCUACUUGGAGUUUGAUGAUUGUUGGUGUCGCUGGAUAAAGCUUCAUGAUGAGGAGCUGAGUGUCUUCCUGAUUGAAGACCAGUUAGCCCUGGCUGACAGGAAGCCUGAAGACGUUACUGAUGGCGUGUGCUGGCCUGUUCUGACAUUCAAAUGCUUGACGGAUAAGGUUGGGAUUGGACCGAUAACAGCAGUGGAAUUUCUUGCUGACAAGCACCGAAUGUUUCUGCAAAAAGAUGUCCAUCUUCAGUCCAUGAAGAUGAAUAUGGACUGUUGGGACCAACCUCUUCGGGAUAACAAGGAAAUUUGUGCCAAAAUUAAGAGCUGGUUCAUUAAGCAAUCGUCACAAGAACUCUUCCUUUGUGGUACAACCAACCUGACUGGCUAUAAAGUCAAGGUGUACGACUUGAAAUCUUCCACCCAGUGGUGUUCGGCCGUUGUGACUCAUCACAACUUAUUAACGCGCUUGGUGCAAAUCAGAAGUGAGCAGGCGUCUGAGAAGCAGAUUGUUGACCCUGCUCUGAUUCACAUGGAUUUCCUUCACGAGGAGGAUGUUGAGGCACUGACCAAGAACGGGAUUGAAUCCGGUGACUCCACCAAAGCCCAAUCAACGAAGAGAAAGUCUGCUGAGGUCCAGGACGACAACGGAGCCAAAAGAGCGAGGGACAUACAUGUGGAUGAGACCGCGAGCCGCGGUGAGGAGCAAGGCCCCGGAGGGACUGCCGGCCACCGCAGUAACGACAGCACUGCCCUCCCCGAUACCGUGGAGCUGCGGGACGGGAAGGUGCCGCCGCUCCCAGGGUCUGCCAGCUGCCGCAGAACGGGCUUCUUCCCGAGGGCGGCGAGGAGGCCAAAAGUGCGAAGGCUCUGGCUCCCCAGAAGCCGAAGCCUUUGUUUGGGUUUAACGCCAGCUGGAACAGCUUAACCUGGCUUUCUCCACCCGCCCAUUGGAUAACGGGCGCACUGUAGUAGUGGAGGACAAAGUGCAGCCCGCGGCCCGGCGAGAGGCCGCCGCGUCAGCCAGCCCCGCGCUCGCCGUCUCCAGCCUUCAGAAGCAUCGGCCUGACUUCAUCCGCUCACGCAAGGAUACCAUUUAUUCUCCCUUUGAAGCUCAGUUUGUUCACUCGGCCCUGGGAGACAUGCUGUACGCGUAGCGCUGCCACUACUGCCGGUAGCAAGGAGCUGAGGCGCACCAC